AUGGAUGAUGAAGCUCGUGAGAUUCGACAAGAGCUUCGUCGAUUAAACGUUCGUUUAGUCGUUGCAAUCUCGCUCGCUGUUUUCACAGGAUGCUACAGAAGUCAAGCUGGUUUGACGAACCUCUCGGAAACGAUGACGAAUAAUACCGGACACGUGGCAUUCUAUUGGGCAUCGAAGUUCAGCAAGUUCGCGCGCCUGUGCUCUCUGAUGGUGGUUUUCGAACUCCUUUUCGUGCCGGUGGUGGUGCUAAGGAUGCGAAGUUUACGGCGAGAGUCCGAUCGUUUUCUGGUGCUGGCUUCAAUCUGCGUAUUGAUCUCUCUAUCUUUCUUGGCUUAUCUUCGCUGGUUCGUCGUCGUCGUGUGA